UGUUGUGUUGUGAAAAUGGCGACGCCUCGUCGCUCCUCUCAGCAGCAGCAGCCAAACUCCCUUUUGGUCUCCCCACCCCGCGGCUCUCCCUUCCCUGUUACCCCGCCUGGCUCUCCGCCGGUACCCACUGACGAUGCCACCCCGUUAGAGAACGCGGCGGACGGUGAGGUAACCCCUGCCUCUCCCACCAGCACCUCCCCAGCUCUGGCCCUCACCGCCAGCAGCAGCAGCAGCAGCACUAGCAGCAGUGCUAGCUCCCCGACCACCACUGAAGGGAGCGGGACCAGCCCCGGCUCUACGCCCGACUCGGCCAGUGGUAACCCCGGUAUCAGCGGCAGCGGUGGUAGUGCUUCUAACGGGGCUUUCAGAGAGCUGUUCGAAGCCUGUCGGAAUGGAGAUGUGUCGAGGGUGAAGAAACUAGUGGAUGCGGUGAACGUGAAUGCGAAAGACAUGGCAGGACGCAAAUCGACACCCCUGCAUUUUGCUGCAGGUUUUGGGCGCAAAGAUGUGGUGGAUCACCUGCUUCAGACAGGCGCAAAUGUACACGCAAGGGAUGAUGGAGGUCUGAUCCCGCUUCACAAUGCCUGCUCAUUUGGUCACUCUGAGGUAGUGUCUUUGUUGCUGUGUCAGGGGGCUGACCCCAAUGCUCGGGACAACUGGAACUACACCCCUCUCCAUGAAGCUGCCAUCAAGGGCAAAAUAGACGUCUGUAUAGUGUUGCUGCAGCAUGGAGCCGACCCAAACAUCCGCAACACAGACGGAAAGUCCGCUCUGGACCUGGCUGAACCCUCUGCCAAGGCUGUGCUCACAGGUAUAGGUGAAUACAAGAAGGAUGAGCUGCUGGAGGCGGCGAGAAGUGGGAACGAGGAGAAGCUAAUGGCCCUGCUUACUCCGCUCAACGUCAACUGCCAUGCAAGUGACGGCCGCAAGUCUACUCCACUCCACCUGGCAGCGGGAUACAACAGGGUGAGGAUAGUUCAGCUGUUACUACAGCAUGGAGCAGAUGUUCACGCCAAGGACAAGGGUGGUCUGGUGCCUCUACAUAACGCCUGCUCCUAUGGACACUAUGAAGUUACCGAACUCCUGCUGAAGCAUGGAGCGUGUGUUAAUGCCAUGGAUCUGUGGCAGUUCACCCCACUCCAUGAAGCAGCGUCUAAAAACAGAGUGGAGGUCUGCUCUCUGCUGCUGAGCCACGGUGCCGACCCCACCCUACUCAACUGUCACAGCAAGAGCUCUGUGGACAUGGCGCCCACUCCCGAGCUGAAGGAGAGACUCACAUAUGAGUUUAAGGGCCACUCACUGCUUCAAGCUGCUCGGGAGGCUGACAUGGCCAAGGCUAAGAAGACCCUCGCACUGGAGAUCAUUAACUUCAAACACCCUCACACACAUGAGACUGCACUGCAUUGUGCAGUUGCAUCGCCACACCCUAAGAGGAAACAGGUGACGGAGCUGCUGUUGAGAAAAGGAGCCAAUGUGAACGAGAAGAAUAAAGACUUCAUGACUCCUCUGCAUGUGGCAGCAGAGCGUGCUCAUAAUGACAUCAUGGAGGUGCUACAAAAACAUGGUGCAAAGGUGAACGCCCUCGACACGCUGGGUCAGACGGCAUUGCAUCGUGCAGCACUGGCAGGCCACCUCCAGACCUGCAGACUGUUGCUUGGAUACGGGGCAGACGCCUCGCUGGUGUCACUGCAGGGCUUCACUGCUGCUCAGAUGGGAAAUGAAGCCGUUCAACAAAUACUCAAUGAGAACGUCCCAGUGAGAAACUCAGACGUGGACUACAGACUUCUGGAAGCUGCUAAAGCUGGAGACCUGGACACUGUCAAGUCGCUGUGUACGGCUCAGAAUGUGAAUUGUAGAGACCUGGAGGGUCGACACUCCACUCCCCUUCACUUUGCUGCUGGCUACAACCGAGUGUCAGUGGUGGAGUACCUGCUUCACCAUGGGGCGGACGUGCAUGCCAAGGAUAAAGGUGGUCUGGUCCCCCUCCAUAACGCCUGUUCAUAUGGUCACUAUGAGGUAGCAGAGCUGCUGGUCAGACACGGAGCCUCGGUCAACGUGGCUGACUUGUGGAAGUUCACACCUCUUCAUGAAGCUGCUGCUAAAGGCAAAUACGAGAUCUGCAAACUGCUCCUAAAGCAUGGAGCAGAUCCCACCAAGAAGAACCGAGAUGGGAACACACCUCUGGACCUUGUGAAAGAUGGGGACACUGACAUCCAGGACCUGCUGAGAGGAGAUGCUGCGCUGCUGGACGCUGCAAAGAAAGGCUGCCUGGCCAGGGUGCAGAAGUUAUGUAGCCCUGACAACAUUAACUGUCGGGAUACACAAGGACGAAAUUCAACUCCACUGCACCUUGCCGCUGGCUAUAACAACCUGGAAGUAGCAGAGUAUCUGUUGGAACAUGGAGCCGAUGUGAACGCGCAGGACAAAGGAGGGCUGAUACCUUUGCACAAUGCUGCUUCAUACGGGCACGUGGACAUAGCUGCCCUCUUGAUCAAAUACAACACGUGCGUUAAUGCCACAGACAAGUGGGCGUUUACCCCCCUGCAUGAAGCAGCACAAAAGGGGCGGACCCAGCUCUGCGCUCUGCUAUUGGCCCAUGGAGCCGAUCCUACAAUGAAAAACCAAGAGGGGCAGACACCGCUUGACUUGGCAACGGCUGAUGACAUUAGAGCACUACUGAUAGAUGCCAUGCCACCAGAUGCCCUGCCUAGCUGUCUGAAACCCCAGGCCACUGUGGUGAGUGCUAGUGUGGUGAGCACAGGUGCAGCAGGCGGUGUCGUCAUCUCUCCCUCUCCAUCCCCGUCCUGCCUGUCUGCAGCCAGCAGCAUAGACAACCUGACUACAACCAUAAGUGACAUCACUGUGGGCGGGGCUACUGGACCAGCAGAUGGAGCUUCUGGGUCUGAGAGGAAAGAGGGAGAAACUCUGCUUGAUAUGACCAUCAACCAGUUUUUGAAGAGUCUGGGGCUGGAACACCUCAGAGACAUCUUCCAGAGGGAACAGAUUUCACUGGAUGUACUGGCAGACAUGGGCCAUGAAGAGCUCAAAGAGAUUGGCAUCAAUGCUUACGGUCACAGACACAAACUCAUCAAGGGCAUUGAGAGGCUGCUGGGAGGCCAACAAGGUCCAAACCCCUACCUGACAUUCCACUGCUCCAGUCAGGGCACCGUGCUCAUUGACCUGGCACCUGAUGACAAAGAGUUCCAGUCAGUGGAGGAGGAACUUCAGAGCACCAUCAGAGAACAUCGUGAUGGAGGCAAUGCAGGUGGAGUCUUCAGCCGCUACAAUAUUAUCAAGAUUCAGAAGGUUGUAAAUAAGAAGCUACGGGAGAGAUAUGCUCACAGACAAAAAGAAAUUGCCGAUGAAAAUCACAACCAUCACAAUGAGCGAAUGCUCUUUCAUGGUUCCCCCUUCAUUAAUGCCAUCAUCCAUAAGGGCUUUGAUGAGCGGCAUGCCUACAUUGGUGGCAUGUUUGGUGCUGGGAUCUAUUUUGCAGAAAACUCCUCCAAAAGCAAUCAGUACGUGUAUGGGAUUGGUGGAGGCACAGGAUGUCCCACACACAAAGACCGCUCCUGCUAUGUGUGCCACAGGCAGAUGCUGUUCUGCAGAGUGACACUGGGGAAAUCGUUUCUUCAGUUCAGUGCAAUGAAAAUGGCCCAUGCCCCUCCAGGACAUCACUCAGUCAUAGGAAGACCCAGUGUCAACGGACUGGCGUACGCGGAGUACGUCAUCUACAGAGGGGAGCAGGCUUACCCAGAAUACUUGAUCACCUAUCAAAUUGUGAAGCCGGAGAGUUUGGCCACGCCAGCCGCCACCUCAGAGCAGAAGUCCUAGAAAUCACAUAUGGAUUUAAAGAGAGCCAGGCGGCAAUUGAACUUGAGCAAGUCGCUUAAGGGGACUAGAUUCAAACUAAACAGCAUUUCAACCCUCAGACUCAAAACUUAAGUCCCCAGAGCUGAACUUGAGUUUGGAGGAAUUGAAGAAUCAACACAGCAUUAGUCUGAUAAGCCUCAGAAAUUAAAUGUGAAAUGUGUUAACACAGAAGAAGCAAAGAGAAAGAAAGCAGUGAGAGCAGGACGGUGACGUAAAAAAGCAAACAGCUCAGUUUUUUGCUAUUCCACUGCUUAUGUUUUCUAUUCCCAUUCUGUUUUGGUUCAUCAUCAUCAAGCACAACAAAACAACAUCCUGAGGCCACUUUCAGAAACUACAGUUGUGCUGAGAGAAGAGAAAUCCAGCACAUUUUAUGUUACAGCUUGUCAUAUCCACACAAUCAGGGUUCUUAUAAACAAAACACGGUUCUGUUUCCUCAGAUCUUCUCCGGUGAAAACAAAGACAAAAUUAUCAAACAAGUGUGAAGAGGGAGAAGUGAAACAUAUUUUUUGCACAAAUAGCCAGGUGUCAAUAAGCAGAAAACAGACAGGGGAACAUAAUGUACUACUGAGUACCAUCUUUCCACUAUAUCAAUGACUGGGACCAUCUUGCUUAUCCACCAGCUGAUCUUGUUUAACAACUGUCAAUGCAAAAUCACAGUAUUUUUUUUUAAAGGGGUUACUCUGUUUACAUUUGGGGCAGAGCAGAGCAAAGCAGCAACCACCAACCUGUGCCUGAAUGAGUCUGAUGUGUUAAUCAAGCCAGCAUGACAAACAAACUGCUCUUUGGGCUUUUAUCUUUGAAAUGGAGUUAGUUUCCAUCUUGUCAAUACAAGUUUGAUGAUUAAGAAAUAAAUUCACCAUACUUCAGAGUUGUGAAAGCUUCUGUUCAACACUGUUUGUCACUGUUAGGCUUUCAUCUUGAUUAAUUUCCAGUAUAGCUCCAAGUGUUAAAUAAUGUGUUUGCUGCUUGUUCCAGCUCAAGUCACAUUGAAAAAACGUUUUCAGCUGAACUAGGAGGAGAGCAAGACUUUAUAUGUACUGUUAUAUGUACAUUCAGUUGACUGAUUUUUUUUUAUAUUUCUCAUAAGCUGCACCUGCUUACUCAGAUCUACUUUUAAAGCAGUGGCUGAAUUUCAAUGCAGAGAAAUUUUGCUAUGUUAUGUCCCUUAACUGCAAAUGAGUGUUGUAUUCGCACUUUAAGUGUUUAGCAAAAUAACUCAAUACACAGAUACAGAAAUCAAUAAUAUUUUAAACUAAGCUUUCGCUAGAAAAGGCACCAAUUUCCUGCCUUUUGGAGACAAAUGAUGAGUUUGGGCAUUAUUCUCUGCUAAGCAGACACCUUUGUGUCACUGAUGCAUACCUUCAUUUAUUUGUUUUGUGCUUUAAUGUGUCAGAGGGACCCACAUAUACCUUUAUCAUAGUUUACAUGCACCUGCUGCCUUCUCCUCUUUUUCUUCAUCUGUAACUGUUGCUGCCACCUAGUGUUGAAAGAAGAAGUUAACACCAUCUAGCUGCAGGCAACAAAUGUGCUGUUAAUAACAGAGGGAUUUAUGUUGGAUUCAUUCUGCAAAAUACUAUUUAUUUGUAUUUUUCUGAGGCAUUAUCCAUUUUGGUUUCAUUCCCUACAUUGUCUCAUUUUGUUCCCAUAGUUUUUAGGUCACCUUUUGACUCCUGGGUUUACACAACUCUAACAUAACAACAAAUGUGAAAAAUGAGAAUAGUCACUGUAUCAUAGUGAGCCACGCAGCAGACUGAGCGCAGAUUUUACAGUGCUGUUUUAAGGAACCAGUUGUCUGAAGGUUGUGCAUAAAGAUGAGCUAACAAACGCUUGCAUUAACAAUUUACUGUGACAAACUAACGUGUUACAAACCUCAGCACAUAAUCAACUGCUCACACUACCUUCUGUAAACUUAAACAGAUGUUUUUUCUUUGACUGACCAUGUCUGAUGUUACUAUAUUUAUUUACAGUUAUUUUUUGACACUGUUUAGCUUGUGGGACCAUACAUUGGUUUAGUUUCUUUCACAUCAGGUCAAGUCAAGUAGUGCUGAAAAUCUGUUAUGUUCUGUUAGCCUUGUGAUUGGGGAUGAAAAUGGCCUUAGUUGCUGAGAAUGAAUACAGUGGCUUUAAAUUCACACCAAGAACAUCAGAGAUUGGUAAUAACUUUGAAAAUGCUGUACUGACUUUUUUAAUCCAGUCUUUGUUAAGAUGACAGUGUUUGUUAAUCAAACUCAGAUUUCAGCUGAUUUCCAGUAACAUGGUGAAGAUGAUGUUGGUCUGAGCCUACUUGUAAAGGAUCAUUAAAUCCAUGUUGACUGUGACCUAAUCCUAAAUGACACCAGAGAGGAAAAGCAACAUCUCACUAUGACAAAACUUACUUUUUUAGAGAACAUUUGCAAGCUUUUACUAUUUUUCUCACUAUUUUGCAGCCUACUCAUUAAAAAAACAAUCCAUCAACAAGGAAUGAGGAAAAAAGUGGGCCAAAUUUCAGCUAGCUGUAAAAUAAAAUAAUGGACAGAAACAGAAACAAAAAAAUGUGACAUACAUAGAACAAUU